AUGAAGCAAUCUCGUACAAUUUGCCAUCUUCCUCGAUGUUACACUCCACCACCUCAGCCUAUUACUGAUGCUGCGCUCGAUGCUGCGCGCGCCGGUGAGGUGGAGGAGCUUGCCAGCCUGGUCAGAGAUUACCCCAACCUUGCACACUCCAUAUACCUGAACCGGGCAGCCAUAUCAGGCAAAGGAGACAUUGCUAUAUACCAGGUGCUGAUAGAUGGAGGCUGCAAUAUCAAUAUUUCGUUUGGAUACACCGGCUCUCCUCUGAUAAAGGCCAUCUACCAUAACAAAUUUGCGUUGGCUCGGCAUCUGCUCAGCCUGGGGGCGAACCCAAAUGUCAACAACUUGGGCGUCACCUUGGGCCCCUUGGGGGUUGCCGUUACCUACAGGCCUGGUUUUGUGGUUGACCUCCUUGAUGCAGGGGCAGUCAUUCAGAAUACGGGAGCACUCCAUAUUGCAGCAAGGAAAGGCGACCUGGAAACCAUGCAGCUACUACUGGACCGAGGAGCCGACGUCAAUGAGGUUGUCAAGCGUCCAAUAAACAUCUCGGUUGGAUACCACGGAAGACGCCCUCCUAUGCACCGAGCUGUCCAAGGAGGCCAUCUUGAAGCAGUAAUGCUACUUUUGCAAUACCCGGUUCGCCUAGAUAUCGUUGACGAGGAUGGCCGGACAGCCAUCGACCAGGCGAAAGUGUGUGGGUUUGAAGCUGCUGAGGACGCUCUAAAGAGACACGAAGGUAGCAAAUAG